GGUGUCCCGGGGCCGGGACGGAGAACGUGAUUCUCGGCGUGCAGCAGCGCGUUGCCUCCUCGGUGACCAGAGGGAUGUCCGGCCGGGCGGUUGGGUUUCUAGACGGAUCGGUGGGGCUGAUGAAGGGCAACUAUAUGAAUCUAGAGAGUACUGGUGGAAUUAUAGGUGGUGGCACGAGCAGUAGUUCAUCUGGCGGGGGGGCGUCUUCAUCUUCAUCAAGCCAUUUUCCCUCGUCGUCUUCCACGAGUCAAUAUCUCAACUGCGGUAUGCGUUGCAAAUAUGUCUGGGCCGGGAAGGAUGCAACUUGUCAUGCUACCUUUGGAAUCUACAUAAAAUCUGUAUUGCAUGAACAGCAAAAGAGGCGCAAUUUGUGCUACGCGGAGAGGUGGGUAUUUCUCAUGCGGUAUGAGCUGCAUCAGAAAACCCUCACAGAAUCUCUGACGCUCGGGCAUGCAUCACAGACUCCAUGGGUCAUGGAAAAUCUGCAUGACAAACUUCCAGACCCAGACAUUUUUGCAUUUCAUAUGCGGCGGUGCCCGCAUGCUGGGUUUCAAGCCGUUCCGCGGCAGAAUUUCCGACCGCGACAUCGCGAAGAUCGCGCAGCGGUGCCGGGAGCUGGACUUGCAGGGCUUAGUGAUCGUCGGCGGGCUGGAAGAGGUGCUCGCGAUGCAGGAAAUCGCCGACAAAAUCAACAACUUACCGCCGGAACUCAUCGCGCAGGCAGCAGCAUCAAGCUCAACAUCUGGGGCGGCGGGUAAUAAUAGUAGUAC